GCUAAGACCCCGUUGCUGAACGAAGCAGCCCCCUGGUGCAUGCAGGAAACUCCUCGAUUCCUCUCGCGGGUCAAUCAGCGAGUGGCACUCCGCUCUCUCCAUCGCUGUGUCGAAGAGGCAGGCGCGUGCAGUGAUUUACUCGGAAUUCCUGAGAGCUGGGAAAAGAGCUGCGAGACGGAACAGCACGAAAGAGGCAUUUUAGAAACACAAGUGUCAGAGAGUUGCAUCUUGGGAAGCUUUCAAAAUGAGCAUAUUUCCUCCUGUGCCAAUACAAAGUCCCCGAGAGCAUCUAGAUGUGGAAGAGACUAGAUGUCCUUCACCAGCCCUUGCAAGGAUGCAUUUGAUCAAAGGCAAAGGUGCCAUGGAUCGUUAUUUGGGCAUGCAUAUCAAAGGACUGUCAAAACAAGAGGCUGCUGCUUACCGGAACUCGUACAAGAAGAACAUCUGCAUAGACAUGCUGCGACAGGGUUAUCACAAGUCUUUUGCUGAGCUCUUUACUCUGAUAGAGAAGUGGAAUGCCUUGAGGGAGGCUUCGGGGCCUGGGUCAGCCAUAUGGCUGCAGAAGUCCCUAGAGGAGCAGCCUGAUAAACUGGAUCAGCUUCACUACUUUCUGACCAGGGCUGAGGCAGCCCAGCGAUCAGAAUACUAUGAAGAAGUGUAUGUCAACCAACUCAGUUUGGCCUAUUGCUUCAACAAACCAGAAGACAGAUGGUUGAGGAAUUACUUCUAUGAACAAUGCUACAAAACUGCUCAACUAAUUAAAAUUGAUGGCGGAAGGAAAGAAGCUGAAGCACAAUCAAAUAUGGGCCUGGUUUAUGAGGAGCAAGGUCAGUUCCUGAAAGCUGCAGAACAUUAUGAAGCAUUUUAUCACUUGACAGUGGGGCGGAUAUGGAAAGAUGAGGCAGGUCGGACUCUUAAUACACUAGCCUGUGAGCAUCUCUGGAGGAUUUACACAUUACUAGCAGACAAAAUGCUACAAAAUAAAGAACACCAAGAGGCCAUCAAAACUCUAAUAAAAGCUUUUCGAAUGGCAAAAGAAGCGGACAACAAGAAUACUGAGGCAGAAGCUGCCUUCUGUCUGGGUAUGGCUUAUCUUGCAGCUGGAGAAGAAGAUACAGCAAUAUUGCAGCUAAAUGCUUACCUGGAAUUAUCCAAAAUAUUGGGAGACUACAGUGCUAUAGGCAACGCAUAUCAAGCUUUAGCCCAAGUCCUGGUAAGUCUAGGGAAAGUGGAUGAAGCCAUUGCAUACUUGGAGAAGUUUAUGAAUAUUGCCAAGAAUAUUCAACUGACCCAUAACUUAGUGGAUGCAUAUACAUUCCUGGGAAACAUUUACAAUGAAAGAGGGAACUACUUGAAAGCCUGUGAAUAUUUUGAUGAGGCAUUUUGUGCAGCAAAUGUUCUUGCUGAUUUGCCUCUAGUGAAUGAAACAAAGGUAUUCUGUGGCAUUGGGAAAGCUCAUAACAUGAUGAUGAAAGUUACCAGUCAUACAGAAGCUGCGGAUCACAUCGGCAUUGAAUACCUGCUGGAUUGGAAGGGAAAUAGAAGUGACAUGUGCGCUGACCCUUUUACAGUUGGGGAGUCGGGUACAGCUGCCCUUCCAGAAAUAAGCAGUGAUGCCAAGGAAGAAGCCGCCAUUACACAAACAUCAUGAAAGUUAUCUGCUUUUGAAGAAACUGUGUGGUACAUUUUUAAAGUUUUAUGCAUGGCAUACAUUUUUCAGUGUAUACUGAUGUCAACAAAGGCAGUUUAACGUGCCCUUCAACAUACUUUUAAUCUGUGUUUUACUCCCUCCAAAUAGAUUUCUGUUCCUCAUGAAACUAGUAAAGACACAUAAGCAUUUAAUCACAUUUAAAAUAUAAUAGUUUUUUUCACAAGUAUCAAGAUCAUUUCACUUUGGUUUCCAUUCCAGAGAGUUACGCCAGAUUCUGAAGCAGAGAUGUGAGUGAGGGAAGAUCCUUGUUAGAAAAAAGACAUUGCAAAUCUGAAUUUCAGCUUGGAAUGCGAAUAGGUUGCACAAAAUUAUCACAUGUCCAGACUAUUCAAACACAUUUUAUAUGUAUAAUGGUCAGCAUAAACCACAGACUUGCUAAAUAAAGUGUAUGGUAUGUUUAUAUUUGACACCAUGUACUACAAGACAUCAGUACCAUUAAAAUGAAUGAAAUUCAAUACCUUCUA